AUGGAUACGUUGAGUAGCCCAGAUGAUGAUUACAACGACAGAGAUUUAUCACAGUCCGGGCUCAAAACAUCAAUACCUGAUCACACAAAUGAUAUACAAUACAGUGGCGCUCAAGAAGCAGAUACUUUUAAAAUUCAAGAUGAACACAAGAGCGAAGAUUGUCUAGUUGUAUCACGAAGAAUGGCUUGGACACAAGUCAUUGAAUCCUUUUCCAUUUUACAAGCCAGCAUUUUCAACUUCAUAGUGCCAUUCGCUUCACCCACUUCGUCGAAAGCAAUUGUCAAGAGUUCUGUCCAAUCUACUGCAGAUUCUGCAGCUUUACCCGAGAAUAACGAAAAAAAACAAGUGAGGUUUUCGCCUGAUCUUGAACAAGACCAGAGCAGUUUAGUUGAUAACCAUGUGCUGCUGAACGAUUCAUCAAAUAGAAGAUUAAAAUUGUUAUCGAGAAUGGAGGAAAGCCGUCAGAUUGAGAGAAGCUACGUGGUUCCAAAAGACCUUCCACCGUUUAAAUUGUGGGAUCGUUUUCAGCUUGGUCUAUCGCUGACGUAUACGACACUCCGUCUUCGUCGAAACAUUUCUGCGCCCUGUUUAGUGUUCGAAGAACAGCGCAAACAAACCAACAAACAGAAUGUAUCAAGCAUAACGGCGACACAACUUGUUAACCUCGCGCAUGCAGGUUUGGCUUUUAAUACGAGCACACGAUCAUUUGUGAUACAAGGGCAACCUUCUUUGCCCGUCAAAUCACUUGAAAAGCCAAGACAACGAAAAUCACGCAAAUUAGCACGUCUACGGCAUAAUAGGAUAGCAAUAAGACUUGGAAAUCGAAAAAAGGAACGGUUCUCAAAGCUUUUGAAGUGCAAGAUGACUAAGUCUAAGACUGCUAUACAUACUGCGAGACAUCAUAUAAAACUAAAGGCUAAAGGUGGCGCUGAAAGCCAGGGUACAGCUCACGAUCGGGAUAGAACCAAAAUUGGUUCGUUCGGGGCAAUUGCAGUCUUUCGGGCUCUUCGUGUAAAUCGCACGCUGCUGUCACUUAAGUUAGAGUACCUUGCCAUUGAUGACACGGCGCUAAGUGCUCUGGCUGCAGCUUUGCGAGUCAAUUGUUCGCUCACACAUUUAAGCCUAGCUGGAAAUCGAAUCGGUCCUAUUGGAGCUCGUGAUCUCGCUGACGCCUUAGAAGACAGUCCAGACUCCAUGUUGCUCGAUCUCGAUCUUCGUGACAACCAUCUAGGAACUCGAGGUGCUGAAGAACUCGGUCGAGCACUACGUGAAAAUGAGACACUUACACGCUGUGACUUGUCGUGGAAUCAGAUGGGACCACAUGCUGUACUUGGUUUGUUGUCUGCUUUGCGUGAUAAUUUUGUUUUUCGAGAGCUGUGUGUAUACGGAAAUGAUCGGGUCGAAAACAAUAAUGUUCAUUUGUGGAAUCUUGACUACUCUUCCGCAAAAGAUAUUAUCGUGGGGUUACGCCACCUGAAUGCAAGCUUUGCGGUUAUUCGACUAAGUAGCGUUCGAGCUCUUAUUCCGAUUGACAAGAUCAAGACAUCACGUUGGCUAGAUGUUGCUGAUCGAGGUUAUGUAGAGCUGGAUGGACUCGUUGUUGCUGGGCUACUUUCUCAUAAUAGCAUGUUGUUGUCUCUUGAUAUGCAUGAUAAUCCAAAUCUUGGGGGGCCUGCAGUGAUUAAAAUACUUACUGCUAUCAGAAAUUGUUCUACUUUACGAGAUGUUGACUUAUCCAACACUGGAUUAUAUCCUAGCGAUGGUGAGGUUGUCGGAGAGCUCGUGAGCGCUAAUUGCACGCUUUUAACUAUCAAGAUGCACGUAACAGUCAUUUUUGUCCAGCAAGCGCGUGGAAAUCAAAAUGCCACUGAAGUGCCCGAUGCUAUCGAAUGUUUCGUUGAUCCCACCCAUUUUCUAGAUCGUUGGAUUUAUUCAAAAUGCUUUGCUGUAAAUCGCUUGACCCAAGAAUUGAACAAUCUGCGUCUUUCUGAUGUCCCGCAUCUCAUGACGUUGAAUACAAGUACAAAUUACAGAUUAAAUCUUGUGUCCGUCAACAUAUGUGGCCGUCUGCUCGAGUUGUAUGAAGUAGCGUUUCUCGGGAGUAAAAUCUUAAAUCAUCGUCAUCUCGGUCGUGUGGUGUUAAAUAGCUGCAUGCUCGACAGCGCUGCAGCUUGUGCGCUGGCCAAUGGAGUGCGUGACCAUCCCACGUUGCAUACAGUCGAGCUUGAGAAUAAUCCCUUCGGACCUGUUGGAGGCCACGCACUGGCUGAGUGCCUAGCGUCAAGCAAUGCUCUUACGUAUCUUAACUUAAGCUGGACACAACUUGGUGACGGUGGUGUGCUAUACUUUCGAGAAGCACUAAAGCAAAAUCAAUCAAUCGAGCGACUUGAUUUACGUGGUAAUGACUUGCGUGUGCAAGGUAUCAUAGCAAUAGCAGAUGGCGUUCGCCACAGUGCUACACUGCGUGAGCUUCACUUGCGCUGGAACACUGUGUCUCCUGUAGGCGCCGAAGCGCUAGCAAAAGCGCUUGAAGUGAAUCAGAGUUUACGGUUGCUAGAUGUCGAACAUCACACCAUGGGAUCGCGUGGUGCUGCAGCGUUUGCAUCAAUGCUGGCGAAAAACAAACAUCUCGAGCACCUUAAUAUUGGCGGCAUUGACUCGAACGACACUUUGGACGUAGGGUCUGGCAUUGGCUCUCAACAAGCUAAACGCAUUGCAGAAAUCCUCCAAAAUUCAAAUAAGUCCCUACGAAUACUACACAUUGGCUCGAAUUGUAUAGAUCCAGAAGCAACGGCUCAGUUUGGAGAGCUACUCGCAACUAAUAAGACGCUGGUGACGCUGGACCUGUCGCACUCAGACCUAACUGCAGCGAAGGCAUCGCGAUUCUUUGCAUGCUUAUCCGUGAACAACACACUCGAACAAUUAGAUCUGGCACAUAAUCAUAUCGGUAAUGAAGGGAUGAUGGCUUGUACACGAGCAUUAGAAACCAAUCGGACCUUGCGCGAGCUUAAUCUGGCGUACAAUGGUAUCACUGAGGAGCCACUGGCCGUGCUGGUAGCUAAGCUCCACGCCAUACCCCCAAAAAUUGCUCCAUCACUGGAGUGGCUCUGUCUUAUCGGAAACGUCAUGACGGAGCGCACACAUCAGCAAUAUACUUUACUGCCACAACAUGUCAUCACAAUAGAGCUCCAUGACGAAGAGAGACGUUAG